AUGUUUAUCGGAAUCCGCCAACAUGUUCCUCGUACAGUUUUCAGAAGUAUGGUACCUGUUCUAUUCGCUUUCACAUUAUACGUUUUACUAACAGUGUUCGAUCUAGACUAUAAAACAUUGAGCCAACGGAGUUUCAGUUCCUCGGCAGGUUCCAACAAUUCAAAUUCAUGGUCUUCCUCCUCAUCUUCUUCAUAUUCUGCUUCAUCUGAUGCCUUCAAUUACCAAGUAGCAAUCGCAUAUCAACCUAAAGACCGUAAUGAACCGAUCUAUGCAAAACUAAAAGAAAGCCUGCAGUCGCCUACCGGAGAGGACAGUUAUUUCGUAGCACCAAGAUCUAGUUCUGAGCUUUACGCAGGUGUUGCUGAUGGAAUUGGUGGCUGGGCAAAUCAUGGGUAUGAUUCAACAGCUAUUUCCCGUGAGUUAUGUCUAGCAAUGAAGAGCAUAACUUUAAAUUCCAGCAAAGAUAUCGCCCCAAAAGAGUUGUUACAAAUGGCAUUCUCCUCGUUACUUAACGAAGAAAAGGUAGAGGUUGGUGGUACCACUGCUAUAGUGGCUCAUCUAAAGGAUGAUGGUACUUUAAACGUGUCAAACUUAGGGGAUUCUUGGUGUGGUGUUUUCAGAGAUUGCAAAUUAACCUUCGAAACAAAGUUUCAGACCGUUGGAUUUAAUGCUCCAUACCAGCUAGCAAUCAUUCCCAAGCAUAUAAUAGAGGCUGCUGAAAAGAAAAAUGGCUCAUUUAUUAUGAAUAAACCGACUGAUGCAGAUGAUUACAGUUUCAAAUUACAAAAAAAUGACAUCGUUGUUCUUGCAACUGACGGUGUCACCGAUAAUAUAGCUGUCGAAGACAUGGAAUUGUUCCUGAAAGAUAAGAUUGAGUCAUCACAGUCUUUACAAGAUAUAACUCAAGAGUUUGUUGACAAAGUGGUUACCAUUAGUAAAGAUCCUACCUUCCCAAGUGUCUUCUCUCAGGAGUACUCUAAACUUGCAGGUCAAUAUUACAGCGGUGGUAAAGAGGAUGACAUUACAGUAGUAGUUAUCAAAGUCGAAUGA